CAUAUCUCCCUUCUUUUCAGCCCGUUUUAGGUUAACAACCGGAGCCCUCUCCUCCGGCGACCAUUUCCACCAACAAAACCUUCUCCGGCAACCAUUUCCUCUAAUCAAAUGGCCGGAGCUUCAACAAGAUUACUCUUUCUCUUAACCAAUCCAUCAUCCUUAAUCCACCAACGCCCUAUCAGCCUCUUCCGUUUAGCUCGCCGCCACUCCAUCACCUUCCCGUUCACAACCCUAACUGCCGCCCCCAACCACCACCACCACCUCCGUCAUACUGGCCAGUAUUCACCCACUCCGACCAAAUUCCCUGCGAGUUUUUACUCCACACGGACUAAUUAUGCAUUUCAGGAUAAUCAUCAUGUUUCUGCUGACGGCUAUCGUGCGCCGCCGUCUCAUCCGUGGCAGGAGUGGUCCAGACUACUUGAAAGUCUAUCUAUGGCAGGUUAUUUUAACGGAAACGGUAAUAUUGAGGAUGAAUUUGUGGAGAGUGAAAAGUUAUCGAAGGAGUUUGUGGCUGCUGUGAAUUCGUGUUUGGCGUUUGCUCGUGAUAGACCUGAAAUCUUAGGGUGGCUUCCAAGGAAGGAUAUGGAGGUGAUUAUCAAUGAUGGAUAUCCAUUUCUGUUCAAAAGUGGUCAUGAAAUUGAAAGAAGAAUGAGAGCUUUCUUACAGGGAUCCAAUGAAGCAACAUCAGUAGACUUGAUGAAGUAUAUACUGAGUUAUGCAAGCAAUCCUGGAAGAAACAUCAAUGAGGCUACUGAAUCGUCUGUCAGAAGCGUGUUACAUGAGAUCGGUAAUUUGGCCAAUAGAGGCCGAACAUCAGAGCAGUAUGAACAAAAGCCAAGAAAUCCUGGACCGAAUAUUACCAUGAAGAGGGGUGACUGGAUAUGCCAAAAGUGUAGUUUCAUGAACUUUGCAAGGAACACAAAAUGCCUUGAAUGUGAGGAGCUGAGACCACAGAGACAAACGAUUGAUGGGGAAUGGGAUUGUCCUCGAUGCAAUUUUUUUAAUUACCGAAAAAACGUGGUGUGCUUGAAAUGUGAGUGUAAGCGACCAGAUACAGCUCCCUCACACGGAAGCAAUCCGGGAUAUAUUCCGAGCAUGCAUACUCAAGAUACCGAAAAAGAAGUUAAGACGGAAAGAUGGUUCAAGAAAGUAAAGGAGUUGCAUGGCGUCACUGGCCCGGAAAACGAUAUUAUACGUAAAGAGGAAAACCGUUUUCUAGAUAAUAAAGGUAAAAAUCAAUCGUUUCCUCCUCACCAAGGAAGCACUAGCGGCUUUGUUCCAUUUCCACCUGACCAUUUUGCCAAAAAAGAUUCAACCAUAAAACCGACAAAUGAAGUUUCCUACUGGAAUACGAAUAGAGCCCCUUUUGAUCAAAAUCUUGUGCAAGAAACAAGUAAUCAAUUUAGAACAAACGAGCCUAAACGUGAAACCUCGUAUGUUGGUCAACGAACACCGGAAAGCAUGAACGGAAAAGGUCAAAAUCUUGUGCAAGAAACAAGUAAUCAAUUUAGAACAAACGAACCUAAACGCGAAACCUCGUAUGUUGGUCAACAAACACCGGAAAGCAUGAACGGAAAAGGUGGGUGGACCGGAAAGAGUCUUGAGGGAUCAGCAGUGACAGAACCUGACCCAUUAGACAUGUCAGAAGAGGCUAAGGCAGAAAGGUGGUUCAAACGUGUUGCGCAAAUUAAGGAUAUUUCUGAGUUAAGUCAAAUCCCUGAUGAAGACUUCCCAUCGAUCAUGCCGAUGCGCAAAGGGGUUAAUCGGUUUGUUGUGAGCAAGAGGAAAACGCCAUUGGAAAGGAGAUUAACGUCGCCUCAGUACAGAAAGAAUCUAAGAAUAAUGAGUUCUGAUCCAAUGAAAAAGGAAGACGAUUGAAGAAUAAAGGUGUUUGUAUUCAGUUAGUGAUGAAAUGUAUUUCGUUAUUUUGGAAUCAUGUUAUAGUUUUGGCAAGCGAUUAUGUGUUACUGGACAAUGAAUAGAUGAAUAGCAAUUGUAUUAAAUCCUCAACAAAUUCAAAUGCA